AUGAACCGGUUUUUGAGCAAGAGGGAGAAGAAUGGCGUAGGCUAUAGGCGAGAGAGAUCGAGGGAUAAGUCCGACAAGAAGUCUCGACCACUUUCCAACGAGAGCUUCGUGGCAUUAUUCAAACCGGAUCCCCAAAAGAAGAUCGACAAGGAGAUGAGCAAACAGAUAUCCUCUCUCAAGGACCGAAUGCACCGCCGUGGAUAUUCAGGCAUAGAGGAUGAGCACAUAACCUAUGCAUUAGCCUCCAAGUUCGCCGACGGGGAUGUAGACAAAGCUUUUGAGAUGAUGGUACUAUUCAAGGAGUCCGCGGAUGGAGUUGUCAAACCGUAUAACCCAGCAGUGCAUAUGCUAGGCGCCGUUAAUCGAGAAGGCGUUACAUGCUAUCUUGAUGGGCUGCUAUUUGCGAUGUUCGCCCGAUUAGGGAGUUUCGAGCCCAUACUGUACACAACCUUUGAAGAUGAGCCUAGGCGACGCCUUUCAACGCUCAUCCGAUUGUGGGUGAACUUGCUGAGAACUGGCAAGCUAAUUGAAACCGACUUGACCGGCUAUCUACAAGAGGCUUUAGCAGCGUGUGGCUGGGCCGAAGCGGCGAAGCUCGAACAACAAGACACUUCAGAGGCGUUUAGCUUUAUCACAGGAAUCCUCGAAUUACCGCUACUUACCUUGAAGGUGGACAUCUAUCAUACUGGCACAGAAGAUGAUAAGGAUGACCACAAGUUCGUCCAAGAGCGACUUCUCGAAGUGGCUGUACCUGAAGACCCCAACAAUGGAUUCCCAAUCCGGUUGGAGGACUGCCUUGAAAACUACUUCAACAACCGAGUUGAGGUCGUUCGAAAGUUGGAGCGUUCCAAUACAAAAUCUUCGAUUCUGUCUGGUCAAUCACAAUAUCCUCCUGAGAAGGAAGGAGUACAACAUAUCGAAAUUUCGGAUCUUACUUGGUCAACACCGGGCACCCCAUCAUCAUCUCAAGCACCAAAUACUCCAAUCUCACCAGGUGGUCGCCAUCGUGCUACAAGCAUAAUAUGGCAUCGUGUGAUACAAGAAGAUGAGAAGGACGGUUCCAUGGAUGGUUCUACCAAGCCUACUGCCCCUACCCUGUCACGCAAGACUUCUAUUCGAAAAGAGGUUUUAAUGCCGGCGUGGCAGUUCUUCAAUCUAAUACCAUGGUACACAAAACACUCACCCGCCAACGAUGCGGAGGUUGCAGCACAUUUUUCGAAGACUCGUCCAGUUCUGGGUAUCUGCUUGAAAAGGUAUGCAAUGACGGCCGAAGGAGAGCCUAUAAGAAAGAAUACUUUUAUCGAUAUUCCUCUUGACAUCAAGCUACCGCAUUUUAUCCAAGAAGACCUGGCAAAAGAGGAUGGCCCAUUAGUGGGAAAUUUCAAACUUUCACUGCAAUCUGUCAUAUGCCAUCGCGGUAACUCGCUUAAUUCGGGUCAUUAUAUCUCGUUCAUUCGCGGCACAACAAAAAUCUCUGAUGGAGAUUCUGGAUCUGCGCAAAAGCUCAACAAUGGAGACGUUCCACCUCAUUACCCCGAAGAUAAAUGGAUCAAAUUUGAUGAUAUGGCAGUUCCGAGAGUCUCGUAUGUGGACAUUGAGCAGGCUAUGAAGGAUGAAAUGCCAUAUCUACUGUUUUACCAAGUCCAGCCGACGUAUGAGGUGCCUUCAGUCCCCGACUCCGAGACCCUUCCGCCGUCAUACACUGAUUCUGGUAUUGGCUUGACGGUAUCCAGCCCUCCAUCCGAGCAUCGUUUUGAGACUACCCAACCAGAAGGAUAUUUUGAUGGUGCGAGCAAUACGUCUACUCCUGCCAUUCGCUUUUCCUCCGAGCUUGAGAGGCCCGAGGAGCCUAGGAGAAGCAUCAAUCUAUCAGAAGGGCGUCGGGGAAGCCUUGCAUUCACAGAAACCAGCUUGGGGAGUGGCACAAGCACCCACUUGACCUCGACACCAGUCACACCGAGUGAAGAAACAGCCGCACAGAGAAUGUCUCGUGCCGCCGCUCGAUUUACCAGAACUGGAAGCAGGAGUCGGCCGACAAGUGCAUCUGGGGAAGGUAGGCUUAGUUUGACCCUGACACGGCUUAACUGGAGAACUAGCAAAGAGCAGCUAAACAACAAAACCGAGGCGACCAAAGAAGUGGAGAGCGUAGUUCAGGGCGAUGGACCAGCAGACGGCCGCGGGUUGCUGGGUGCAGAUGAAACUACCUCGAAACCUGCGGAAGAUGCACCCUCUCAAUCGAAGAAGGCGAUCAAGAAACGGGAUAGGAGUAAAGGACCAUCGGAAACGAUGGAGAACGAGCAUCACGCUCAUAAAGGAAAGGGGAAAUCGAAGGAUCUCCCCGAUAGAGAGUGCAGCAUCAUGUGA